AUGACGCCACCGGGAGCGACCGCCCCCUCCGCCAAUCGGCGGCCUGCUCCGCCGCCUCGUCACCUCGCGCCAGCCAAUCCCCGCCGGCCACGCCGGUUGGGAGGCGAGGCGCGGCCGCCGGGGCCGCAGUCGGCGCAGCGGCGGCCCAGCGAGCGGCACGCGGAGGAGGAGCGGCGCGGAGGCCGAGGCGCGGGCACCGAGCAGCAGACCGCCGCCAUGCCGCCCCUCCCGGGCCCCGCCGCCGCCCCGCAGCAGCCCCGGCUCCUGCCGCUCCCCGCCGCCGCCGCCCCCCCCUCGCCGCCGCCGCGCAAGAGGCAGCGCCUGGCCCACCUCAGCGCCGAGGAGAAGGCCCUGCGCCGGAAGCUGAAGAACCGCGUGGCGGCGCAGAGCGCGCGCGACCGGAAGAAGGCGCGCAUGGGCGACCUGGAGCGGCAGGCCGUGGAGCUGGAGGCCCAGAACCAGAAGCUGCUGGCCGAGAACCGGGCGCUGCGGGAGCGGACGCUCAGCCUGGCCCUGGAGAACCGGACGCUCCGCCUCCGCCUCGGCCUCCCCGCCACAGAGGUGGCGCCCCCCCCUCAGGCGGAGGCGCUGGAAGACGUGGCUGAAGAGGAGGAGGUGGCGCCGUGCCAGGUGGAGGUCGCAGGGACAGGCCCAGCAGUCGUCGCCCCUCUGGGCUGCCUCCGCCUGGAUGCUGACAGCAGCCCUGGCUCUGAGUCUGAUCUCCUCUUGGGCUUUCUGGACAGCCUGGACCCAGACAUGUUUCUCCCCUUCGGAGGCCCAGAGCCUGCCUCCCUGGAGCAAGUGCAGCAGCAGGAGGAGGACGGAGGAGAAACGGACCCCCUAUCACCCUCUCCUAGUUCCUCUCUGGGGGCCUCCUCACCCAAACUGGAAGCCAUUAAUGAACUGAUCCGUUUUGACCACGAGUACACCAAGCCCUUCAUCUUGCAGAUUGCAGCAGAUGAGGUCAGCCGAGCUGGUAUUGUAGGCAGAGUGGAGAGAGUGGCUUCUUUCUCCUCUGAAAACGUCCUCCUGGGACCCUCUCUGUCCUUGAAAGAGGAGCCCAUAGACAUUCUUUUACCCAAGCUGGGGAUCUCACACCUGCUCUCCCCAGACGAGAAGCCGCUGAUGGAUGCCUCAAGCGAUUCAGGCUACGAAGGCUCUCUCUCGCCCUUCAGCGAUCUGUCCUCUCCCUUGGGCGCAGACUAUGUGUGGGACGAGACUUUUGCCAAUGAACUCUUUCCUCAGCUCAUCAGUGUCUGAGCG